AAUGACUGUCAGCCUCAGUGCAGGCUGUGUGCUGGUCUUGCUGUACCUUUUACCGGCCUGGGGUCUUCGUUUCCAGGAGUACCUUUAUUUCCAAGUCUUGAGCCCGGGGGACAUCAGAUAUAUCUUUACUGCUACCCCAGCUAAAGAUUUUGGGGGGGCUUUUAAUCAGAGAUAUGACCAGAUCCACUUGGUUCCAGCAGAUCCUCUUGAAGCCUGUGGGGAUCUAAAUAAUGGCGCCUUCAUCCAAGGUCAGAUUGCGCUGGUGGAGCGAGGGUAA